UAAUGCUAUCUAUUCACCGUUGUUCAAACAAUGGCUGAUGAACUUGCAAAGUGAGAGUGGGAUUUUGACCAAGGGAGCCAUGUCCCUGAAGCGUGUUCUUAUUCAGGGAGUUGAUAUGUUCGGAAACAAUAUUGGAUUUCUCAAAUUUAAAGCUGAUGUCUAUGAUAAGCAAACCGGGAAGAAGGCAUUGUUUUUGCAAGAGGACCUGCUGUUGCUGUUCUUAUCCUUCUAAGUUGUGAAGGAGAAACUUAUGCUGUCCUGACUGAGCAGGUUAGAGUUCCUGUUGGGAAGCUCAUGUUGGAAUUGCCUGCUGGUAUGUUGGAUGAUGAUAAGGGCGAUUUUGUUGGCACUGCAGUUCGUGAGGUUGAAGAAGAAAUUGGCAUUCAGUUAAAGCUUGAGGACAUGGUUGAUCUUACCGGCUUCUUGGACCAAUCAACUGGAUGCAGAGUCUUUCCUUCUCCCGACUUGACGCGGCGGUUGAAGAUGGUGUUGAUGUGCUCUCUAUAUCACUCGGGGGCCCACCAGUACCAUUCUUCGCAGACAUUACGGCCAUAGGUGCAUUUGCAGCGAUUCAAAAGGGGAUUUUUGUAAGUUGCUCAGCUGCUAAUUCAGGUCCUUUUAAUGCCACAUUGUCCAACGAAGCUCCAUGGAUUUUAACAGUUGCAGCUAGCACAAUUGAUAGAAAAAUCACAGCGACUGCAAAGCUUGGAAAUGGAGAAGAAUUCGAUGGCGAAUCUCUGUUCCAGCCAAAUGAUUUUCCUCAAACAUUCUUACCACUUGUUUUCCCUGGUGAGAAGAAUGAAACGGUAGCAUUAUGUGCUGAAGGAUCAUUGAAAAACAUUGAUGUAAAAGGAAAAGUUGUAGUAUGCGACAGAGGAGGAGGAAUUGCGAGAAUUGCAAAAGGGGUUGAAGUGAAAAAUGCUGGUGGCGCCGCCAUGAUCCUUCUCAACGCAGAAUCAGAUGGCUUCACUACUGAAGCAGAUGCUCAUGUUCUUCCGGCAAGCCAUGUCAGCCAUACAGCGGCACUGAAAAUCAAAGCCUACAUAAACUCAACAACAUACCCAACAGCCACAAUCGUAUUCAAAGGAACCACAAUUGGUGAUGACUUCUCUCCAGCCAUAGCUGCUUUCUCAUCUCGAGGUCCCAGCCUCGCAAGCCCCGGCAUCUUGAAACCAGACAUAACUGGUCCCGGUGUCAGCAUUUUAGCAGCAUGGCCAUUCCCAUUAGACAACAACACAAACACAAAAUCAACAUUCAACAUAGUUUCAGGAACAUCCAUGUCUUGUCCUCAUCUCAGUGGCAUUGCAGCUCUGAUCAAAAGUGCUCAUCCUGAUUGGUCACCGGCUGCCAUUAAAUCCUCUAUAAUGACAACUGCUAACAUAACAAAUCUGGAAGGCAACCCAAUUGUUGAUCAAACUUUGCAGCCUGCGGAUUUGUUCGCUAUUGGAGCAGGUCAUGUAAACCCAUCAAAAGCAGUAGACCCAGGAUUGGUUUAUGACAUUCAACCUGAUGAUUAUAUUCCUUAUCUUUGUGGAUUAGGAUACACCAAUAACCAAGUUUCACUUAUUGCUCAUAAACCAAUUGAUUGUUUAACAACAACAAGCAUCCCAGAAGGAGAACUCAACUACCCAUCAUUUAUGGUCAAAUUAGGACAGGUGCAAACAUUCUCGAGAACGGUUACUUAUGUUGGCAGUGGACGUGAAGUUUAUAACGUCGUCAUUGAAGCACCGGAAGGGGUUUCUGUAACAGUCCGACCAAGGAAGGUAAUUUUCUCGGCAUUGAACCAAAAAGCAACAUAUUCAGUGACGUUUAAGAGAAUUGGUUCAAUCAGUCCCUCGACUGAGUUUGCUGAAGGAUAUCUAAAAUGGGUUUCUGCUAAACACUUGGUUAGAAGUCCGAUAUCUGUUAAGUUUGUAUGAGUUUGGUUUAAACAAUGACAGACUUGCAUUUUUAGAGGUUGUGGUAAAUUGUUGAAUAACUUUAAUAAAACCAAUGUGUGUUACCAUAAAUGUUGCAAUCUCUAUUUAUUAGGUAAAUUGUUGAAUAACUUUCUUGUAUUUUUUUUAAUUAUCAUUAUUAUUAUUUUUGCA